ACAGCAUUCAUCAUGACGACCCCCAACAACCUAGCCGUCGUCAUCUGCCACGGCUCAUACCAAACCCCUGCCCCCUACGAGCCCCUCAUCCAAAGCCUCCAAGCACACGGAAUCGACGCCUAUUGUCCCCAACGCCCAACCUGCGAUCUCAACAGACUCAACGUCGGCGACGUAAACCAUCCCGACUUUGACCGUGAGCCUCCAGCCGGCGGCUACCCGAGUGACACGGAGGACGUGGACGUCGUCAUCCAGCUUGUCGAGAAGCUAGUCAAUCAAGACGGCAAACUAGUCCUUCUAGCAGCACAAUCCUCCGGGGGCUGGGUCGCUACCCAAGCCGCCGCGCACGCGUUGCAAGCCAAACCUCGUCAAGCUGUGGGCAAAGCGGGCGGGAUCAUCGGGUUGUUCUACAUGGGGGCCUUUGUUAUUCCCGUUGGGGAGUCCGUGACUAGUUUCUUUCAGCCGAAGGAUGGGAGUUUUCAUACACCGCCAUUCAUGCGGUUCCAUAAACACGGCCACACAGGUCUAGGGACGGCCGUCGACGCUCCUCGUUAUAUGUUCAAUGACAUUGACCCUGAGGAGGCGGAGAAAUGGGCUGCCACGCUGACGGCAUCUCCGAUUAUGACGGACAGAUUGACCAACGAUGCUUAUUCGGUGUUGCCUUGUGCGUAUUUGGUGUUGGAGAAUGAUUUGUGUCUGGCGAAGGAAUACCAGGAGGGGAUGAUUGCGUUGCAGACUCAGAGGGGGGCUGGGUUCACGGUUUAUUAUGCUCCAUCAGGUCAUUCGCCUCAUCUUAGUUGGACGGGUGGGGUGGUGGAGAAGAUCGAGGAGUUUGUGGGUAAGAUUUUGAAGGAAUAG